UCCUGGCCCUUGGCCCAACCUCCUGCUGCCCCCGGUCUGAGGGCCCAGGCCCCGAGUCUCCGCCGUCCAGCCUGUCCUUGGUGUGGGGUGCUUGGAAGUGCAAGCACCCUUUCCGGCUCUUUGCCGGCCCCAAGGGUCGUUGUUUGCGGCGGUCCCCGGACCUAGUCAUCGGCCCUCUUUUCCGGUGCCGGAACUAUCGUACUGGUGCCUUAGUUUCCCAGCCGGCAGGCGGAGUGAGGAGGAAGCGGAGGCGACACCGCUCUCACCACUGGGGAAAGGAAGGAGGCGGGCCCUGCGCGCAGCAUUUUGGGAACGAGUGGAAUUCUGGGAGCUGGGCCCGCCAUUCUCUUGAUUCACGCCUUCGCCGUAGCGGCUUUCGCCGUGCACCGAAGAGAAGGAAAAGUAGGCCAGAGCCGAGCUCUCUUCCUGCCAAGAUGUCUAUUGGUGUGCCAAUUAAAGUGCUGCACGAGGCCGAGGGCCACAUUGUGACAUGUGAGACGAACACCGGUGAGGUAUAUCGGGGGAAGCUCAUUGAAGCAGAGGACAACAUGAACUGCCAGAUGUCCAACAUCACAGUCACAUACAGAGAUGGCCGAGUGGCACAGCUGGAGCAGGUAUACAUCCGUGGCAGCAAAAUCCGCUUUCUGAUUUUGCCUGACAUGCUGAAGAAUGCACCCAUGUUAAAGAGCAUGAAAAAUAAAAACCAAGGCUCAGGGGCUGGCCGAGGAAAAGCUGCUAUUCUCAAGGCCCAAGUGGCUGCAAGAGGAAGAGGACGUGGAAUGGGACGUGGAAACAUCUUUCAAAAACGAAGAUAAUUUUCUCCGCUGAACAGACCUUUGCCCUUUUUUCUUUCAGGUUAUCUGAGUUCACUGGGGUGGGUGCUUGUGUAUAUGUCCUAGGUAUCUUUUGACAUUUUUCUCUUUAGAUCAGGGGAAAUGUUGAAGCUAAAUAAAUCUGGGGGGUUUUUUGUUCUGUUUUGUUUUGUUUUUUUCCUUUGAGAAAA